AUGUCCAAGCUAGCCAACCGCGCCGCCGACUGGGCCGACGACGAGGAGUUCGAUGACCCCUCCGCGCUCCCCGCGCAACAAGUCACAACCAACAAAGAUGGCACCAAGACAGUGAUUUCCUACCGCUUCAACGACGAAGGCAAGAAAGUCAAGGUCACCCGCCGGAUCAAGACCACGGUCGUUCGCGAGCAUGUCAACCCCCAGGUCGCCGAGAGACGGUCGUGGGCCAAGUUUGGUCUCGAGAAGGGCCACGCUGCCGGCCCCUCGUUCGACACCACCUCCGUGGGUGAGAACAUUGUUUUCCGACCCAGCGUGAACUGGAAGGCGCAGGCCAAGGAGGCCGAGAAGGAUGGUGGCGAAAAGGGCAGCAUGAAGGACCAGCUCAAGGACAAGAAGGUCAAGUGUCGUAUUUGCAGCGGAGAGCACUUUACUGCUCGUUGUCCGUUCAAGGACACCAUGGCUCCUGUCGACGAGGGCGGAGCCGCUGCCGAAGGAGGCGCCGAGGAGCCCGCUGCUGGAGGUCUUGGUACUGGCACCUCCAGCUACGUGCCUCCUCAUCUACGAAAGGGUGCUGCAAGCGGUGGUGAGAGAAUGGGUGGCAAGUACGAGAAGGACGACCUGGCUACUCUGAGAGUUACAAACGUGAGCGAGUUGGCCGAAGAGCAAGAGCUGCGGGAUUUGUUCGAGCGUUUCGGUCGUGUCACCAGAGUCUUCUUGGCCAGAGACAGAGAAACCCAGAGAGCCAAGGGAUUCGCAUUCAUCAGCUUCGCAGACCGGGACGACGCUGCGCGUGCUUGCGAGAAAGUGGAUGGCUUCGGUUACCGCCACCUUAUUCUCCGCGUCGAGUUCGCAAAGAGAACCACUUAA